CACUGGGCGCCCAGUCUGGGAGGAGUGCUGCUUGAGAUUUUGCCUCCUCUAGGAGCAUGUGGCCUCAAGGGGCCAUCUUUGUGGCCCUGCCCCACCUGGGGCCCGUCCUGGUCUGGCUGCUUGCCCCUCAUCGAAUAUCUGGUUGGUGUGAUGGCCCGAGGAAGCUGCCCUGGUGCCCACCCCACAAAGUCUUGUUGCUUGUAUGGACAACCAUCUACUCUGUCAUGGGCUAUGCUUCCUACCUGGUGUGGAAAGACCUGGGAGGGGGCUUUGGGCGGCCCCUGGCCCUGCCUCUUGGCCUCUAUGCUGUGCAGCUCGCCAUCAGCUGGACCGUCCUGAUUCUCCUUUUCGCAGCCCACACCCCUGGCCUGGCCCUGCUUCACCUGCUGCUGCUCUAUGGGCUGGUCGUGAGCACGGCACUGAUCUGGCACCCUAUCAACAAGCUGGCUGCCCUGCUCCUGCUGCCCUACCUGGCCUGGCUCACUGUGACUGCUUCCAUCACCUACCGCCUGUGGAGGGACAGCCUGUGUUCAGAGCACCAGCCUCAGCCCAUGGGACAGAAGAGCGACUGAAGCACCAGGGCACAGGAUAGGAGGAGGAGGCCUGGACAGAGUUGGAAGAGGCAGACUAUGGGGCUCGGGUGGGGAGACGGGGGAGCGGGAGGUAACCAGGGAUUGACGAGACCCUGAUGAUGAAUCACUCCAAUGUGGCCACUGUCUUGGGUCCCCUAGUGCCAGUGUUCAUUAGAAUUCAGAGAAAUAGG